AGUGCUUUUUAAAUAGUUUCCGGUAUUUGUCACCAACGUUCUUCCAUUUUGUUCUUCAAGGGUAUCUACAAACCUCAAGUCGAGCCAACAUGUUUCGGUUUGUUAAAGCAGCGCUGAACGUCUCCGCAGGACAAGGUGCCCGUCAAGUGAGGCUCAGUUCGACGCACUCCCCCGAAUUCCAUGCCAAGUAUGGCACCGGACUGAUGAUCGGAGGAUUCGCGUUUUGUGUGUCUGUCUGGGGAUUUGUACUGACACAAACCGGCAUCACAUGGAAUCUGUCUCCAGUCGGCAAGGUCCAGCCUAAACCAUGGAGGGAGGUAGAAGAAUAAUGGACUGAGGCUGCUCCCUUUUCCUCUGUGGAGAUAGACCACAG